UUGAAAUCUCUUCACUCUUCACCCUGUAUCCUAUCCAAAGAUGGCUUCCCUAAACAUAAGCAAAAAUGUAUUAUUAACCACCCUCUUUGUUGUAGGAAUCCUAGCCAUAGCCCUGCCCAAAAAUGUGAAGGCUCAAUCAGUGGCUGACUUAGUCACUGAUCAAUUCAUAAAUGGAAUAAAAAACAAGGCCAGUGACUGCCCAAACAGAGGCUUCUAUACCCGACAGGCUUUUCUUGACGCUCUCAAUUCGUAUCCUGAAUUCGGAACUGGUGGUUCAGCCGAUGACACUAAACGUGAGGUUGCAGCUUUCUUUGCCCAUGCAACUCAUGAGAGUGGAUAUCUGUGCAAAACAGAAGAGGAUAAUAAGGAUGUCUACUGUGACACCAACUAUCCACAGUAUCCAUGCAACCCAAACAAGAAAUACUAUGGCCGUGGACCACUCCAACUGACAUGGAAUUACAAUUACGCACUAGCUGGGAGCAGCAAUAAUUUUGAUGGGUUGAACAAUCCUGAAAUAGUUGCAUCAGACGCCGUCGUUUCUUUCAAAUCCGCGUUGUGGUUUUGGAAGGAAAAUGUUCGAUCUGUGUUGAGCCAAGGGUUUGGAGCAACCAUCAGGAAGAUCAAUUCUAUUGAAUGUAAUAAUGGAGCACCUGACAAAGUUCAAGCUCGCAUCGACUUAUACACAGACUAUUGCAACCAAUUUGGUGUUGCUCCUGGAGAUAACCUCUCUUGCUAAGAUGCCUAAUUAACUUUCUUAUUUAAGUUAUUAUUAGUUUCCCUUGUGAUCAGCUUAUCCUGAUUGCUUGUUUGGAAUACGUUAUAGGCUAAAUAAAAAAGUACUCCUGUCUGAAGGACAAUAAACAUUCCAGUUCAUUGUAUGAACUAGGAAGAUUCUCAUGUCCUGCAUGCUCUUUUAUAUAUUUAUCAAUUUGAGUUCCAUUACGUUAGUCAUUUCCAAAUUAAUUUCAUUUCUGUUUCUUC